AUGUCCGCCACACCGUCCAGUUCGGCUGUCCGUGCCCUGUCGCUGGAGUACAAAAGCCUGCAGGAGGAACCGGUCGAGGGCUUCCGCGUGAAGCUACUGAACGAGGAUAAUCUGUUCGAGUGGGAAGUGGCCAUCUUCGGUCCACCGGAUACGCUCUACCAGGGCGGCUACUUCAAGGCGCACAUGAAAUUUCCACCGGACUAUCCAUACUCUCCGCCAUCGAUAAGAUUUUUAACAAAAGUCUGGCACCCGAACGUGUACGAAAACGGUGAUCUCUGCAUAUCGAUCCUACAUCCACCGGUUGACGAUCCGCAGAGUGGUGAACUACCAUGCGAACGAUGGAACCCGACGCAGAACGUACGAACCAUCCUGCUAUCCGUGAUUUCCUUGCUCAACGAGCCAAACACCUACUCACCAGCAAAUGUGGAUGCGUCCGUCAUGUACCGAAGAUGGCGAGAUUCGCACGGCAAGGACAAUGAGUAUCCCAACAUAAUUAGACGACAAGCGCAAGCUGCCAAGGCUGAAGCCGAAAAGGAAGGCAUCAUCGUACCACUAACGCUAGAAGAGUAUUGCAUCAAGUCGAAAACGAAACCUACCGGUCAGGAGCCUCAGCUCGAUAUGACCGACUUCUACGAUGAUGAUUACGAUCUCGACACGGAGGAUGACGAUAACGCAUCGGUGGAAUCGUACGCCGACGGUGAUGACAGUGGCAACGGUGAAUCCUAA